GCUCAGGACCUGGCCCUUCGACAGCUUUCCACGACCAGUUAAUUCACAAUUGGUCAGGGAAAUUUGCGGAUACAUAUAUUUUGGGCUUGUUUUUUGGUCUGCUGCUGUUGAAAACGCUAGCUAGCUUAGCUGGCUAUCUUAGUGUGCUGCUUCUCUGGUGUCUCGAGAAAUGGAGUCUGAAGAUGCGGUUUACUAUCAGUCGAGUAGAAUCUGUGACUCCUGUAAUUUGAUAACCAUCCAGACAUCAUUUUAUCGUUGGCAAAAAUAACAAAACCUUUUCAAGUUUUUUUUAAAUUCCCAUAUUUUAGUUUUGAUUUGAGGUUAAAUAUUUGUUGAUUUAACUCGCCCGAUUUACGAGUCACACUGCAGUUUUGCAGUAAGGUUAGCUACGGGAAGAUUGAACUAAUGUUGGCUGGCACGACUUGCCCAGCCAAAGGAGUCGCGAGCUAGCUACGCUCUUUAGCUGGCUGAGUAUCCUAUGUAUUUGACUUUUUGGGAUCCGUGGGGAAGCUGUCCUGUUUAAUUUGGUACAACUUCGUUUUUUGGGAGGGGGCAAUACAUUCGCAGUUUUUUCGCUGAGGGGAAUUCAUUUAACAGGAAUGAGGUCUGGAGGAGGAAGGGAGAAUUUGACCUUGUUUUGGGGUCUGCUGCUCUCCGUCUCCGCGAUAUGUUUGUGGCCCGCUAAUGGAGAAAUCUGUGGUCCAAGCAUCGACAUCAGGAAUGACAUCCGGGAGUUUCAUCGUCUGGAGAACUGCACGGUGGUGGAGGGCUACCUGCAGAUCCUGCUCAUCGGCGACAAGACCAACAACGUCAACCAGGAGGUGUUCCGCACCCUCAGCUUCCCCAAGCUGACCAUGAUCACUGACUACCUGCUGCUGUUCCGCGUGUCUGGCCUGGACAGCCUCAGCACGCUCUUCCCUAACCUGUCCGUCAUCCGCGGCCGCAACCUCUUCUACAACUACGCGCUGGUGAUCUUCGAGAUGACCAGCCUGAAGGACAUCGGCCUGGCCAACCUGCGCAACAUCACGCGCGGCGCCAUCCGGAUCGAGAAGAACCCCGAGCUCUGCUACCUGGACUCGGUCGACUGGUCGCUAAUCAUGGACGCAGAGUUCAACAACUUCAUCGCCGGCAACAAGCAGUCGAAGGAGUGCGGUGACGUCUGCCCGGGGAUCAUGGAGGACAACCCCCAGUGCAUCAAGACCAGCUUCAACGACAACUACAGCUACCGCUGCUGGACCUCCAGCCACUGCCAGAAAGUGUGCCCUUCCAGGUGUGAGAAGCGGGCAUGCACGGAGACAGGCGAGUGCUGCCACGCCCAGUGCCUGGGGGGCUGCGCGGUGCCCAACAGCGACCUGGCCUGCGCUGCCUGCCUGCACUACUUCCACGAGGGCCAGUGCGUGCCCGACUGCCCCACUGCCACCUACAAGUUCGAGGGCUGGCGCUGCAUCAGCAUGGAGGAGUGUGCCAGCGUGCACCUGCCCAACGACGUCGACCGUUUCGUCAUCCAUGAGGGCGAGUGCAUGCCUGACUGCCCCCCCGGGUUCACCCGCAAGGACAGCCAGAGUAUGUUCUGUAGUGCCUGUGACGGACUGUGUGACAAGAUCUGCGAGGAAAAGGUCAUCGACUCUGUGGACGCUGCACAGUCCCUCAAGGGCUGCACCGUCAUCAAGGGCAACCUGCACAUCAACAUCCGCCGAGGCAAUAACAUCGCAUCUGAGCUGGAGAGCUUCAUGGGCCUCAUCCAGACGGUGACCGGGUUCGUGAGGAUCUGGCACUCGAACACGCUGGGGUCGCUGUCCUUCCUGAAGAGCCUGCGCUACAUCAACGGGGAGGAGCUGAUGGACGGGAUGUAUUCCUUCUCUGCGUUGUAUAACCAGAAUCUACAGUACCUGUGGGACUGGAGCCAGCACAACCUGACCAUCAAGGCCGGCAAGCUGUUCUUCCGCUUCAACCCCAAGCUGUGCACGUCCGAAAUCCGCAAGAUGUGGGGUAAGACGGGCGUCACCGAGAAGUUCGAGGAGGAAGAUUUCCGUAACAACGGAGACCGAGCCAGCUGUGAGAGCCACAUCCUUACCUUCAAGUCUAACAGCACCAUGAGCAACAGGAUCAGACUGACCUGGGAACGCUACCGGCCUCCGGACUACAACGGCCUCAUCAACUUCAUUGUGUACUACAAGGAAGCACCCUUUCAGAACAUCACAGAGUUUGACGGGCAGGACGGGUGCGGCUCCAACAGCUGGAACAUGGUGGACGUAGACCUUCCCCAGGACAAGGAUGUGGACCCGGGGGUGGUACUGCACCCACUGAGGCCCUGGACGCAGUACGCCAUCUUCGUCAAGGCCAUCACCCUGGCGGUGGAGGACAGGCACAUCCUGGGAGCCAAGAGCGAGGUGGUCUACAUCCGCACCAACCCCUCAGAGCCCACCAUGCCCCUGGAGGUCCGCUCCUACUCCAACUCUUCCGCCAAGCUGCUGGUGAAAUGGUCGCCCCCCAUCUCCCCCAACGGGAACCACACCUACUACCUGGUGCGCUGGCAGCAGCAGCCUGAGGACAGGGAGCUGUACGUGCACAACUACUGCUCCAAAGAGCUGAAGAUUCCCUUCCGGAUCUCGGCCACGGGGAUGGUGGACAUGGAAGAGGACACCAAGCCCACCAAGUCAGACGCCAGCGGGGCAGACAAGGGCCCCUGCUGCCCCUGUCCCAAAACGGUGGACGACCUGAAGGCCGAGGCCGAGGACGCCUCCUACCGCAAAGUCUUCGAGAACUUCCUGCACAACUCGAUCUUCACGCCCAGGCCUCCAGACCGCCGCCGCAGGGAGAUCUUCGCUGAGGCCAACGCCACUAUGCUGCACGCCGUGGGCGGGAACGCCACGGGGUCAGAGGUCAACGGCACGGAAGGGGACUAUGUGGACCGGGAGUACCCCUUCGUUCAGAUGACAAUGAGGGGGCGGGAGUGGUUGGAGAUCCCCAACCUGCAGUCCUUCACAGUCUACCGCAUUGACAUCCAUGCCUGCGACGAGGCUGUCCGCCACUGCAGUGCCGCUGCCUUCGUCUUCUCCAGGACCAAACCUGCAGACAGAGCGGAUGACAUCCCAGGCCUGGUGAGCUGGGAGGCGGGCGUGUGGGAGGGGUCGGUGUUCCUGAAGUGGGCGGAGCCUGUGAAGCCUAAUGGGUUGAUCCUCAUGUAUGAGAUCAAGUACCGGCUGGGCAACGAGCCUGAGAAACACGAGUGCAUAUCCAGGCAGUACUACCAUGCUCACAAGGGAGCCCGACUUAACAACAUGGGUCCGGGGAACUACUCUGUCCGGGUUCGAGCCACCUCUCUGGCCGGGAAUGGCUCCUGGACAGAUCCUGUGGCGUUCUACGUACCACAGCCCAGAGGAGAAUAUGAAAGUGUCCUGUAUCUUGUGAUCGUCAUUCCUAUUGUGGUUCUCUUCAUCAUCUCCAGCCUGGUGGCGGCUUUGAUAGUUGUGAACAAGAAGAGGAACAGCGGUCGCCUGGGGAAGAGGGUCGUGUAUGCCUCUGUCAACCCGGAGUACUUCAGCGCAGCAGAGAUGUACGUGCCCGAUGAGUGGGAGGUUUCUCGGGAGAAGAUCACACUCUGUCGGGAGCUGGGCCAGGGCUCCUUCGGCAUGGUGUACGAGGGCAUCGCCAAGGGCGUGGUCAAGGACGAGCCCGAGACCCGCGUCGCCAUCAAGACCGUCAACGAGUCGGCCAGCAUGCGGGAGCGCAUCGAGUUCCUCAACGAGGCGUCCGUCAUGAAGGAGUUCAACUGCCACCAUGUGGUGCGUCUGCUGGGCGUGGUUUCACAAGGCCAGCCCACCCUGGUGAUAAUGGAGCUGAUGACUCGCGGAGAUCUGAAGAGUCACCUGAGGUCACUGCGCUCCCAGGAGAACUCCACCAGCCUGCAGCUGCCACCGCUGAAGAAGAUGAUCCAGAUGGCGGGAGAGAUUGCAGACGGCAUGGCCUACCUCAAUGCCAACAAGUUUGUACACAGAGACCUCGCUGCCAGGAACUGCAUGGUGGCAGAGGACUUCACUGUCAAAAUUGGAGAUUUCGGCAUGACGAGAGACAUCUACGAGACGGACUACUACCGCAAAGGAGGCAAAGGCCUGCUGCCGGUACGCUGGAUGGCCCCGGAGUCCCUGAAGGACGGCGUGUUCACCACCAACUCCGACGUCUGGUCGUUCGGGGUGGUGCUGUGGGAGAUCGCCACCCUAGCUGAGCAGCCGUACCAGGGCAUGUCCAACGAGCAGGUGCUCCGCUUUGUCAUGGACGGCGGGCUGCUGGACAAGCCAGACAACUGCCCUGACAUGCUGUUCGAGCUGAUGCGCAUGUGCUGGCAGUACAACCCCAAGAUGCGGCCCUCCUUCCUGGAGAUCAUCAGCAGCAUCAAGGAGGAGCUGGAGCCUCCGUUCCAGGAAGUGAGCUUCUUCUACAGCGAGGACAACAAGCCCCCCGACACCGAGGAGCUGGACAUGGAGGCCGAGAGCCUGGCCAACGUUCCCCUGGACCCAACAUCUGGGCGGCCACCUGCCGGCCCAGCCCCGCCCCCGCAGGCCACGCCCCCUACACAAGGUCCCAGCCACUCCACCCCACCCCCUCCCCAGGCUCUGGGUCCUGCCCCCUCAAGCUCAGCCUCGCCAGCUGCUUCGGACAAGCGGGCGGCGAACGGGCCGGCGAUGGUCCUGCGGCCGUCCUUCGAGGAUGCCCCGCCCUACGCCCACAUGAACGGCGGCCGCAAGAACGAGCGCGCCCUGCCCCUCCCUCAGUCCUCAGCCUGCUGACCCCCCCCACCCCCUCCUGCUCCCGUCGCCUCUCUGGCCUGGAUGAUGAGGACUACGUGGGGGGCGGGAGGGGGGUGUUGAAACGAGCAGAACACCAGUCCGUUUUCUACUAUACCUCAGCGGAUUAUUUUUCAUAUUGUUUUUUAUUCUAUUAUUAGUACAAUGAGGAUCGGUUGAAAAAUAUCAAACGAUAAAAUGCGAAAAAAGAAAAAAAACAGCCUGCUGUUGCUGCACAAGAUGGACCAACCCGGCUGGGGUGUCGGCAGAGUCACGUUUGCAUAACCUGUUUUGUAUCAUUUUUUAUUACUUUCACUUUAUAAAGAAAAAGAAGGUGUAGCCGUUUAUCAUCUCUGCCAGAAAACCCAACAGCAAGGCUCUUUGUGUGGGGUUCUUAAAGUGAGAGGGUGGGGUGUGUGUGAAUACACACAAACACCCUCCAUCUUCUCACACGCAGGAGGUGUCUGGUGUGGUACUUCCUCUCCCCUGUGUCAGCCAAUCACAGAUCUGUAUGAGGGGGGGAGGGGCCUAUUGCAAAUCUGCCAAUUGCUUUUUACCCCUUAUUUUGCCAAAAAUCUUUUCUUUUUCCUUUCUUCAAUGUUAAUUUGUUAAGUUCCUUAAAUCGAUUGCUUUACUUCUUUCCCGUUACCUGUCCUGUUAAGGGAGGGGAAGGGAGCAAAGUGAAGUGUUCUGACCCUGGUGUAGUGUCUUCUGGCCCCUCCCUCCUCUCUUGGGCUCUGCACCAGCAGUGUCCCGCCACAGAAAAUGAAGCAACAAAAGAAGCAAAAAGGACUUUUAAAAAAGCGCCAAAAAUGCAAAAAAACAAGAAACGGAAUGGAUACCAACGCAAAAAUGAAUGACAAGGGAUAUCGGUUCAAUAAACGAGCAGAUGGAGAUAAAAAAAAUGAACUGUCUGUCUCAACAAACCUCAUUAGUAACGGUCCGUAGGAGAAGAGCAAGGCAUUUUCUACAGCAGGAGUUGUUUUUAGGCUUGUCAUUGGUCUCUGUACUCUUGGAACGUUUCUGUUAUGGUCUCGCAGCGGUACAUUUGACCGUUCGACCGUGCAUCAUUUACACACACGUGGUUCGUUCCUGUCAUUUUCAUAGCUUUUUUACGGUUCAGAUGUUCGUGUCUGUGCAGAAAGACGCUGCUAUAUGCCCCCGUAUUUUCUUUUGUGGAUGUAAUGUACAUAGAAAUAUAAAUAUGAAAACAAAUCCUUCAGGUUUUAAUCUUUUACUGUUUCCACUA